ACACGGGCGCUCUCCGUGGCUUUGCAGCAGCCGCCAGGGAGCGCGGGACCACCCCGCCCCCGGUGGGCCCCGCCCAGGGCACAGUCCAGGCCGCUCGCAGCGGGAAUGGCGCAGCAGUACGCGCGCGGGGCCGUGGCUGUGAUCCGCCUGAACAACCCCCCACUCAACGCGCUGAGCUCUGCAGUUGUUCGGGCUUUAGAGCAAGGAGUGAAGAAAGCAGAUGUAGAUCCUGCUGUGAAAGCUGUUGUGAUUUGUGGGACAAAUGAGACGUUCAGUGCAGGUGCUGACAUUCGAGGGUUUUCCUCUAUUCAGGCAGGAGACAGGCCCAGUCUGACAUCAGUAGUUGAUCUAAUAGAGAGAAGUGAAAAGCCGGUGGUGGCUGCCAUUGAAGGCAUGGCAUUGGGAGGAGCACUGGAGGUGGCAUUGGGCUGUCACUACAGGAUUGCACAUGCGCAGGCCUGGGUAGGUCUUCCAGAGGUCACCCUUGGGCUACUUCCAGGUGCUGGAGGAACCCAGAGACUCCCCAGACUGAUUGGGGUCCGAGCCGCACUUGACCUAAUCACCACAGGGAAACGUGUGCUGGCUGCUGAAGCGCUGAAGCUGGGCAUCAUUGACGAAAUUGUGGAAGAAAACACAAUUGAUGCAGCAAUCCACUUGGCAAACAAAGUGUCAGGUCAGCCAUUAAAUUCUCGCAGACUCAGUCUGAAGCAGGUUCAAAGUCUGUCCAACAUGGAUGCCAUUCUCAGCAAGGCUCUUGUGAAAGUGAAAAAGCAGGCCCGGGGGUGUCUGUCUCCAGAGAUGUGUGUCCAAGCAGUCAAGGCCUCUGUGCAGCUACCCUUCACAGAAGGUAUUCGGAAGGAGAGAGAGCUGUUUAAUCUCCUGUUGUCCUCAGGCCAGGCCAAAGCACUGCAGUAUGUGUUCUUCGCACAGAGAGCAGCACAGAAGUGGACAACAUCCUCUGGAACUUCCUGGAAAACUGCUUCAGCUCAGCCCAUCCGAAAAGUAGCUGUGAUAGGACUGGGAACAAUGGGCCGAGGCAUUGUGACUUCUCUGGUGAAGGCCAAGAUGUCCGUAGUAGCUCUAGAGCAGGAUCAGAAGCAGCUGGAGGUAGGAGCAAGAGCUGUGACAUCCCUUCUAGAACAUGAGGCUUCAAAAAUGCAGUGGAUUGGCCAACGCCCAGAUGCCUGUGAUCCCGCCCUUCUCCAGUUCACUCUGGACUUCAGUGUGUUACAGGAUGCAGAUCUAGUUAUUGAGGCUGUGUUUGAGGACAUGGCACUGAAGAAGGAGAUCUUCCAUAAAUUGUCAGCAAUCUGCAAGCCAGGGUCCUUCUUGUGCACUAACACCUCCACCCUGGAUAUUGAUGAGAUUGCUUCAGCCACCAGUCGCCCUCACCAGGUCAUUGGUACUCACUUCUUCUCACCUGCCCACGUAAUGAAGCUGGUAGAAAUAAUCCGUGGUCGUCACACAUCGCCCAUCACCAUUGCCACUGCCAUGGGUUUAGCCAAAACUAUAGGCAAAAUAGGGGUUGUAGUAGGGAAUUGCUUUGGAUUUGUUGGGAACAGAAUGAUGGCUCCUUAUGCUGAACAGGCAGUUUUUCUGCUAGAAGAAGGAUGUAAACCAGAAGCAGUAGAUCAAGCUCUAGAGGGAUUUGGUUUCAAUAUGGGGCCCUUCCGAAUGUCAGACCUUGCUGGGCUUGAUGUGGGCUGGAGAUCUCGGAAAGGGCAGGGCCUGACUGGCCCCGAACUGGCUCCAGGAACUCCUGCUCGCCUGUGUGGCAGGAGGAGAUACAGCCCACUGCCUGAUCUUCUAUGUGAGAAUGGAAGGUAUGGCCAGAAGACUGGCAUGGGCUGGUACCAAUAUGAGAAACCUGGGGCUAGAAUAGCUAAUCCAGAUCCAUGGCUUCACAAUUUCCUGAUUGGGUAUAGAGAUGCCCAUCAUAUUAAGGCACAUUUCAUAGACGAGGAGGAAAUCCUGGAGCGCUGUCUGUAUACCCUCAUCAAUGAGGGCUUCCAGAUCUUAGAUGAUGGAAUAGCUUCUGCCCCAGAAGAUAUUGAUGUAAUCUACAUCCAUGGCUACGGAUGGCCAAAGCACAGAGGUGGCCCCAUGUUUUAUGCUUCCACCAUCGGGCUACCUCGCAUUCUGGCUAAACUGCAAAAAUAUUCUGAGGCCCAUCCUGACAUUCCCAGAAUGCAACCCAGUGCUUUUCUGAAGAAAUUGGUGUUCGUGGGAAGCCCUCCCUUGAAGGAGUGGAUGUCCCAUGCAGGACACCAGAGCAGUAAGCUGUGAUGUCCCUGCAGCCUGCUCUACGCGUUCAGCCACUUGUCUCGUGGUGACAAGUAUCUCUCACUGCCAUAAUCAGUGAUGUCUGUUCCAAUCAAACCCAAAGCACAGCAGGUGAAGACAUAGGCGGCAGGUUUGUAUAAUUUUUGGUGGGGCCCAAAAUGGUGGGCCCCCCCCACUCCCGCCCUGUAAGCCGAUAUAAAAUGAAGCUACAACACGUCAGUGCCACAAGAUUACAAGG